GAUGCAUAAAACUGCUCAAGACGCAACCACCGUGGAGCGGCGUGAGGGGCGAGAGCAACGUGAUCCAGCGGUGGAUGGAGCAACAGAGGGAGCAGAGACGCAGACAGACAAACAGACAUAUCGAUGAGAGAGACUCCUGAAUAAGACACAUUCUAUUUGCAGUCAAGUGAAUCGCACUGGGAUGCGAACAAUCUGACUUUUUGCAGUGGAGUGUCCAGAGAAGUACGCACGCAGCGCAAAUCCAAGGUGACCAACUUUUACGCACGGACCUCUGGAGUUGUGGGGACCAGAAUGCUGCAUUGUAGUUAACUGCGAUUUUGGAACGCUGGCUCCUAAUCUGAUCUUUUUGCAUGGAGUUUUGUCUGCGUGCAUCAAGCACUUUGACACGUUAACGAAUCGUCUUCAAAAUCAUACAUUUGGAGACAUUUUCGGAAGCGCAGCGGAGACUCGCGCGUAUACUGCAGACUGAUAUGGGAACUGUGCUGCCGUAGCCUUCGUCAAUCAUAAUACCCUGCAUUACGCACCUGUCCCAUAGUUCCCUUAACGUUUCCUUUUGUGACUUUUCUGAACAGCGUAAUGAACAGAGCCAGACGUCUCGCCUGCCUGUGAGUCACCAUGAGCAAACAUUUGGACAAACAGGGUUUAUAGGCAGUGACACAUUUUGGGGAUAUUUAACAGUGCGUGUUUUGCACAAGCGACUAACACACGACACCGGGACGAGGCUCUGUGCAGCCGGGGUAUUGGACGCCGAGGUCCUAAAUGCCCAGCCGGUCGCUUGCGGCUCCUCAGGCUGGGCGGCAACAUGAGGUCCUGGGUCCUGCUGCUGCUGGCUGCGCUCUCAGCGGCCCGUCUGCAGCUCUGCAACGCUGAGGGCGAUCCUCUCCCUCCGUCGCUGGUCGACCUGGUGGGGAACUCUCCCAUCUCCUCUGUGGAAGACCUGAAGGUGCUGCUACAGCAGGAGACCAAUGCAAUAGAAGAGGAAGAAGACGAGCAUGAUAUUCACACAAACCACACCCAUGGCCGGUACGCUAGAAGCCUUGCCGUGGAGGCACAGGUAGCCCAGCAGGCGGCCUGUAAAGUUCGGACAGAGGUGAUGGAGGUUGUGAGGUCCAUGGUGGACCGCCGCAAUGCUAACUUUGUGCUGUGGCCGUCCUGCGUAGAGGUGCAGAGGUGUUCAGGCUGCUGCAACUCAAGGCUGCACCAGUGUUUCCCCACUGUCACCUCCAGCAGAUACCUGCAGGUGACAAAGAUCCAAUACAUAAACAGGAAAGCUCAUUACGACAAAGCCAUCAUCUCAGUGGAAGAUCACGUCAGCUGCAGGUGUCAAGCUUCCUCAUCUUCCUCGUCCUCAUCGUUUACUCCUUCCUCGUCCCUACCUGUAACUCGCUCCUCCGCUCAGAGUAACCCCAUCCCCCCUCCUCCUGCACCACAACAGUCUCCCCCAUUGCCCCACCUUCCCCCGCCCCUUCCCCGGUCUGUUCACCCUGCUCCACCCAAGACUCAUGCUUCAAAGGCCGACCUCCAUCGGCACGAUGACCUGAAGUACAACCAGCAGCCUUACCAUUCUGAGGAGCAUGAACCAGUGGCAAGACAGUGGCAGCAUGGUAGCUACACCCAGUUGGUGCACUGGUCACAGCCCAGGAUGCACCAAGCACCCACACACGUGCAGUCAGGGGUGCACCAGCCGAGCACGGGAGCACUCGGCCCAGUUAGCAGCUGGCCUUUGGAGAAAAAGGUGGAGCACAGUGUCACGGGAGGUACACAACAGGUCGGGCAUGGGAGUGGGUAUUACGGGAGCAGGGAGGAGGGCAGCGUGCAUGUAGCAAACACUGGUAGUGAAGUGCAUCAUCCAGAUCAUGCACAGAGGCAGCAAAAACAUCAGCAGAGGCCUCUUGACUGUGGCUCCCAUCUCACCCUCAGCCCGUCAGGCCUCACUCAAUCCAGUCUCACCUCGUCGCAGGAGGAAGCACCGCAAACGCAUCAGCAAAGCAUCCAUCAGAGCCAUCAUCAUCUAGAGCUGCAGGUAAUAGGAAAGAGGAAGCCAGAGGAAUGA